AUGACAGUCCAACGAAGGCGAUCACGGAGGGACUUUCAUCGUGAUUCGAGGGCAGAGAGAAUCAAGGGAGAUUCUCGUCGGGAAUCAGGGUCGCGAAACUCGGGAUCUAGAUUUAUGGCAUUAUCGGAUAAUAAUGGCCUGAUUCCUGCGCCAGGCUCUACAUCGGAGUGCAAACACCCUGAAACGGUGAGUACGACCUUGAGAAAGUCAAAGUCAAAAUGGGGUACCAAAGUUGCGCCAAUGAUUUUAAGAAGUGAAGCUGAAAAAGGCGACAAGGUUUGCAAUGAACCUGGGCCAAUGGAGAUAUACGUCCAGAAGAAGUAUGAGUUGGGCCUUGUGAGAAGUGGGGUGGGGGCGAGUUUAAAUGUGGCACCUUUAGAGCAGUCGGUCAACCCGAUGAAAGAGCCAGUGCAAAUAGAAGUUUCACAUCAGGUGGGCUUGGAAAUGUCUCAAAGCACAGGUCCUAAGCUCAUAGGAUCUAGUCUCCCUGUGGACCCAGGAGAACAGAGUAUGGGAACGUUUACACUACGUAACAACCCUUUAGCGUCAGAUCAGAAACAGGCUGAGGAGCAAGUGUUGGGCGAGUCUUCGCAUGACAACAUGCAAGGAGCGGGCAGUCGAAGCUUGCCGAGGCUACUCGAGGACCUUAAGAAGAAGCAUGAGCUGAAAUUUCUUGCACUUUUAGAGCCCCGCCAGAAAAGUGCACGUGUGAAUAAGCUAGCUAGACGCCUAAGGUUUCAAAAUUUUGACUUUGUGGAUGCACGUGGAUUCAGUGGGGGGAUUUGGUGCUUUUGGGAGAAGGACUUUAGGUUCCGUGUCGUAUUGAAGACUGACCAAGUGGUGCAUGGCAUCGUAAAUGAAGGACUAGCGGAUGAAGCAUGGUUUACUAUUGUCUAUGGCAGGCCUAACUUUGCACAACGUCGCACACUUUGGGAGUCUCUUCGACGAAUUGGAGAGAAUAUUACUUCUCCCUGGUGUAUUAUGGGUGACUUUAAUGCAACGUUACGGACAUCAGAUCGUUUGUCUCAUGCUGCAAGGAGCGUGGGGGCAGAUCAUCGUUUCUGCAGUUGGGUUGAUGAUUUGGGCCUUGCGGAACUACAGUUUUAUGGUCCCCAAUUUACUUGGAGCGGUAGUGGAUGCUUUAGCAGGAUUGAUAGGGCCAUAGUUAAUCAUCUUUGGCAGGAGAGGUAUACAGAGGCUAAGGUUAUUCAUUUACCUAAAUAUCACUCUGAUCAUUCUCCUUUGUUAUUGAAAAUGGCUGUGGUACAGAAUAAUAGUAGAGGCAUGCGACCUUUCCGCUUCUUUGCACCAUGGGUGACACACGAAGGCUUUUCCGAGUUUGUGAGCUCCUCUUGGGGUACUAAUUUGGAAUGGAAUCAGGCCGUGGAGGAUUUUACGGUUAAGGUGGUACAAUGGAGCAAGCAAACUUUUGGCCAUAUAGGUUUCCAAAAAAGUCAGCUCAGUAAGAAACUUCAUGAUCUUGAAAGGCAAUUAUGUGUAACUCCAUUCUGUGAACGGAUUGCUCGCGAAAAGGAAGAGGUUUGGUGCGCACUAGAACGCCUUCUGAUACAAGAGGAAAUUAUGUGGCUCCAAAAGUCAAGAUGCAACUGGUAUUCUUUCGGGGACAAGAACACUCGCUAUUUUCAUGCUUGUGCAAAUAGCAGAAGAAAGCGCAACCGAAUAGAGGCGAUUAAGCUUCAGGAUGGUGAGUGGUCGUAUGAUAAAGAGGAGAUUAUGAAAGAAGGGACUAGAUAUUUCGAGCAGCUAUAUAGGGAGGAAAGCGGUGAGUCGCCAAGGCUUAAUUUUGAACUUUCUUAUCCUAGAAUUAAGGAGAGUGAUAUGAUGAUGGUGGGGGACAAGGUGGAUGCUGAGGAAAUUAAGAAGGCUAUUUUUGCUAUGGGUCCCUUAAAAGCUCCCGGACCGGAUGGUCUUAACCCCUUAUUCUUUCAAAGCCAAUGGAAUGUUGUGGGUCAAUCAGUUGUGAGUAUGGUAGAAUCAAUCCUUAAGGAUCCAAAGAGAAUUGGUACGGUUAAUGACACAUCCAUUGUGGUCAUCCCAAAAAUUGAGUCGCCAGAGUCACUCAAGGACUUUAGACCAAUAAGCUUGUGUAAUGUUAUCUAUAAAGUGGUGACUAAGGUGUUGACAAAUAGACUGAAGAGUAUUAUGCCUAAUAUAAUCUCCCCGAACCAGUGUAGUUUUGUCCCUGGACGCCAAAGUGCUGAUAAUAUUAUCCUUGCCCAGGAGAUUAUACAUUCGAUGUCCCAGAAGCAAUGUAAAAAGAGUUUUAUGGCAGUCAAGAUUGAUCUUGAGAAGGCUUAUGACCGUUUGAGAUGGAGUUUUGUCAUGGAUUGCUUAGAGGAGUUACGGCUUCCUAGUUGGAUGAUUGCACUAAUAAAGGAGUGUCUGUCCUCCUCUCACAUGCACCUUGUGUGGAAUGGGGAAAGAGCCUGCUCGUUUAAGCCCUCCCGUGGGAUCCGACAGGGAGACCCAUUGUCUCCCUACCUAUUUGUGAUUGCGAUUGAACGCUUAGCACAUUUAAUUCAAGCCGAGGUUGUGAAUGGAGUGUGGCAUCCGUUUCGCUUGAAGAAAAAUGGUACGCCUAUCUCACAUUUGUUUUUUGCUGAUGAUCUCCUCUUGUUUGCUGAAGCUGGUUUAGAACAGGCUGGUGUUCUUAAGGCUUGUCUUGAUGACUUCUGUGAAACCUCUGGAGAGCGAGUGAAUGCUUCUAAAUCUCGGGUAUUCUUUUCUGCGAACGUGAGUCAUUCCCGUAAACAGGAAAUUAGUAAUUUUUUGGGCUUUACUCUCACUCCUGAUUUAGGGAAGUACCUUGGUGUCCCUUUACACCAUAAGCGUGUCUCCAAAGCUACGUACCAGGGUGUGUUGGAUAAGAUGGACAGCCGACUCUCCAGAUGGAAAGCCUCGCAUCUCUCUCUAGCUGCUCGGAACACUCUCGUUGCUUCGGUGGUGUCAGCUAUUCCGUCGUAUGCCAUGCAGACAUGCUCAUUACCAUUGGGUAUGUGUGAGGACAUUGAUCGUAAGUGUCGUUCUUUCCUUUGGGGUUGCACGCCGCAGGCUCGUAAGAUGCAUUUGGUUGCUUGGGAGGAUGUGUGCAGGCGAAAAGAGGAUGGGGGUCUUGGGCUUCGAACAGCAAGGAAGCAGAAUGAUGCAUUCAUGACGAAGUUGGGUUGGGGCUUAAUAAAGAGAAGAGACGCACUAUGGGUAAGGUUCCUUAGGGAAAAAUACAAAUGCGGAGAGGAUGUCAUACCUAGAAUUGAUGAGAGAAGGGCGGGCUCUCAGGCGUGGAAGGGGAUAAAGAAAAACUGGAAGAAUACGAUGCAUGGGCUUGCGUGGAGGAUAGGAGAUGGAUCUUCUACUCGGUUCUGGAGGGAUAGGUGGGUUCCGCAAUACGAAGCCCUGCAGAACUAUGCGGUGCAAAGUGUACCUGAUGAACUCCUUGAUGUUAAGGUCUCCGACCUGUUGACGGUGUCGGGGGGUUGGGACCUAAGCUCUGUGCAAGAGCUUCUGCCGCCGAACGUGCUUUCUGCGAUAAGGAAAGUGCACCCUACAGUUAGGGGGAACGUUAGCGAUACUCCCCUAUGGCGAUGGUCGAGUUCAGGCUCCUUCACACUUAAGUCAGCCUAUAAGCAGCUCAACGAGGGCAGUCUGCAGCAUCAGCCCGGGCCUUGGCGUAGAAUUUGGAAGCUGAAGGCACCACAAAGGUGUAAGACGUUCUUAUGGCUUGCUGCUAGGGAACGACUCCAAACAUAUUCCUUGCGCAAGGUUAGAGGCCUUGCAUCCGACGACAAGUGCCCCAUUUGCCUGCGUGAAUGUGAAUCUGUUACCCAUGCCCUUUUGCUAUGUCAAUCAGCUCGGGAGAAAUGGGAGCUAGUGGUGCCACCUGAGCUACGUACAAAGUUCUUCAACUUUUCGGACGCUGCGAGCUGGGUUCGAUGGAAUUUGAAUCAGAAGUUAGACGUCAAUGGGGUUCAUUGGGGAGUCUUAUUUGCCAUAGCUUGUCGGAAUCUGUGGAUUGCGAGGAACAUGAGAAUAUUUCAGGGUACCAGCGAGUCUCCAGCGUCAUUUAAAGCUAGAACCUGGGCUUGCGCCUCAUGGGCAGGUACAAGAAUGCAGUCGCUACAGGGGCUCCCCGUUGGAAAUGAGAUCUGGUCUGCUCCGGCAGUAGGUUAUGCGAAGAUGAAUGUUGAUGGGGCUUGGAGCGAGGCUACCCUUGCUUCAGCUUGUGGCGGUAUCCUUCGUGACCAUUCGGGUUGGUUGCUGCAAGGCUUCAUGUUUCACAUCGGGACUGGGAGUAGUGCCAACGCUGAGGUUUGGGCAAUACUUUGGGGUCUAAAAAUUGCAUGGGAUGCUGGGUUUCGCUGUGUGGAGUUGGAGAGUGACUGUGCGGAGGUGGUGGAUUGGAUACAUGAGGGUACCCAUGUGUCAAAUGAGAAUGAGCCACUGGUGGGUGAGAUUCGUCGUAUGUUGCUCUAUGACUGGGUUGCCAAUGUGUCAGUCUGUUCGAGGACCGUCAAUGAGGCCGCUGAUAUAGUCGCCAAACAUGCUCUUGGUUGUGCACCAGGUCUCACUCACUUCUCUUCUCCAAUGGAAGCUCUUAGCCGAGUGCUUGAGAAGGAUGCGGGACCUUUUAGUGGUCCUUCUAUCGUUAGUUUGUUACGAGAGUAG